AUGUCGUCAAUGAAUUGUUUAUCAAAAAUGAAUGUUAUUGAACUAGUUGAUUUACCAGAUGAAUUAAUAUUAUUUAUUAUGAAGAAAGUUAAUCCUCGUAUGUUAUUACUUUGUUCUAUGAUUGGUAUUGGUAAUAAUCGUUUAGAAGCACUUGCAUUUGAUAUAUGUCAUUCAAUCGAUUUAACUUUUGAUUAUCCUCAAGCACCACAUCGAUCAUUUCGUCGACGGUUUUUUUCUCAUGUUAUGCCUCGUAUCAGCUACGAUAUUCAAUCAUUAAGAAUUAAUCUUAAUCACAUACAGUCUAUUAAAACUUUUGUUGAAAAUAACUGCAAUGGAACUCUUCCAAAUUUGACACACUUGAAAAUAAUGCUGGGUACUAAUCAAGUUAAAACAGGCAUACCUUAUACAAUAGUGACUAUAGGAAAUGUUUUUGAAAACAAUCUUAAUUUAAUUUCUAAAAUAAGAUCGAUUUCGUGUCCUAAUUUAAAACAAAUGACAAUGACAAUGUAUCGUAAUUUUAAUAACUAUGAACCAUGUAUUUUCCUUCUACAACGUUUGGUAAAUGUCGAAUAUUUAACAUUAUUAUUAGCUGUAGGCGUACAAGGUACUACACCCAAUCAUUUUAUUGAUGGAUUUUUCUUAGAGAGAAAUAUUCUUCCAUAUAUGCCUCGUUUACGUCACUUUAAUUAUCAUAUUCGAUCAAUAUUAAAAAAUGCUUCUCAUAUAACAAUUGACCAAAUUCGUCAAAGUUUUCUAAAACAGCAACAACCGUUUGAUUGUGUACUUGAUAAUUUCAAUAAUAACUAUGGACAAUGUCAAAUCUAUUCACUUCCAUUUAUUGGUACACGUCUUGAUUUUGUCUCAAAUCGAUUUCCACUCUUUGAUAUUAAUAAGACAUUUUCAAAUGUUACUAUCUUAUUACUUUUUGAUGAUGUUAAACCUUUUGAAAGUAUUUUCUUUGAACGUGUUGCUCGAGCUUUACCUCAACUUCGAACACUCGAGAUAUUUAAUCAACUUGAACAACAAGAAAAAACGACAGCAAAGAAAAUUAGCAUUGACUUUGCUCAUUUAGCUGUACUAAUUUUAUAUGAUAUUCAUAUAGAUUAUGCUCAACAAUUUCUUUGUCAAAUUCAUCUUCCUUCUCUAAUCGAACUCGCUAUUAAUAAGGAUAUUUUAUUGACAAUAAUCGAUGAAAACCAACAACAAGCAAGAGACAAUUGUUCUAGAGUAGGAACAAUACGAACAUCCAAACCAUCGUAUGAAUCAAUAGAUAUUAUUGAAAACUUUUUCCCACUAGCUUACUAUGUCAAGCAUCCAAAUGAGUAA